AUGCUGCGACCCCGGCCCUCCGCGGCUCUGCGCAUCCGCCCCGGCCGCCUCCUGCCCUGUCGCUUGAUGCCCCGGUGCCCUGACUGUCCCCCAACCCCCGCUCACACUACCCGUGAACCCUGCAGCUCCUUCCUGGACACCCCGCCUCAACCUGCGCCCCCACUGCGCUCUCCUGCGGUCCCCGGAAGGCCUCCGGGCUCUGGACUCGCCAGCCUCACAGAUCAGGGUUUCUGGCCCUGCGCCCCUUCCUGGCUUCCGCCCCCAGACCAGGUUUCUCGGCGUGGGAGACCCUCCCCACCAGCCACCCCAGGCCGGCGAGAGGGUCCUGAGAGCAGUCCCUUGGCAGCAGGGGCUGGCUUCCUGCUGGGGUGCCCCGAGGUGGGAGGCGUGGAAGGAGGGCUGGAUUGGGUCCACAUCCCAGGGGAUGGGCCUCGGCCUCGGGAGGGCAGUGAGGAACCGGGAUCCGGGAGCUGGGCCAACAGCACCCCCCUCUGCGCCCAGAGCUGGUUCCUGCAGCUGCCCCUGAGUCAGACCGUGAGAGGCCAGGCCCCUGAGAGGAGUGGACGGUGCUGGCGCAGGGGCCUCAUGGGCCUGCUGCACAUCCUGGCCACCACACCCCCACCCGGCUCAGGCGGGCCCAGCAGGCAGGAUGCCAAGGCUGCUGCCUGGGGUCAGGCCUGGGGCGGGAGCCAGGCGGCCCUGAGCAGCGGGAAGUGA